GCAACGCCGACACUGAUUAGUUACUCAUUUUAAAAGAACCAAUCAGAAGUCUUGAGAGAUUUUCUAAUUCUUGGAAGACUAAAAUUUGUUUCCUAAAUGAAGAGUUCCCAUAACAAUGUCAAGACGUGUUUUCUCUAGGAUUUGUACAAAAGAUCUUUCUUCUCAUAGCUUUAGUAAUGGAAGAGUUAGAAAGAAGGGGCCACUUUUAAAUUCAAUUCCUUGUAUAAGGAAUGCUCCUGAAAGACCUUUAAUGGAUGUUCGUGAUGCUCCAAGUAAAUUUAAGAAUACUCCAAGAAUUAGACCAUUAGUCCGACCAGCUAGUAUAUCAUUAAAUAUUUUUUUAUCUACAAUUCCAUUUUGGACUAUAGGCAUAGCCUACUGGCAGUAUCAACGAAAAAGGGAAAUAGCAGAACUGAGAGAGAGAAUAGAAGCACAAACUUCAAAACGUCCUAUUCCUGUAUCAAAGUUAUUUGAUGAACCAGAUCAAAGAAAGUCUGAAUUUACCUAUGUGGAAUUAGAGGGAGAGUUUGAUAAUGAUCGUGAGGUAUAUAUAGGAUACAGAGCUAAUGUCAAACCAGAAUUGACACCAGAUGGAAGUAAAUGGCAGAAAGGUGUACUGGUCAUCACACCUUUUAAACUUAAGGAUACUGGAGAUGUUGUACUGGUGAACCGUGGCUGGGUGCCCUUACAGUGGACUAGCCCCACUAAAACAACAGCUAUGCAGGCCACUGGUGUGGUCAAGAUCACUGGUCUGAGUCGAGCAUCAGAGAGGAAAAAUCCCUUUGAUUUCCGACCAAUUCAGGACACUUUAAAUAAGAAGUUUUUUAGCCAUUUAGAUGUUGACACCAUUGCUCGUUUUCUGGGGACUAAGCCUGUAUUUGUAGAUGCUGAUCUAGGUAAGACAAUCAUGCUAUUUUUGCUCAGCUCUCAAGUGAGCUUUUCUGAGGAAAAUGUGUACAUUGUUGUCAUAAACUUUUAG